CUGAAGUUACUUCCUGGUUGAUCACCUGAACGUAGAAGACUGACAUGCUCGCACUACUAACUAAAAUGGACUUGUGGAGUUUAAUAGCCAGUUUGUUCUACAUUCUGCAUACAGUUCAUACAGGCACAACACAUACCAGUAAAGCAUGUUAUGGAUAUGCUGGCCUUCCCUGCACUGAACACAAUAUCAGCUGCAACAACAACCAGACGAUCAGCAUAGAAGAAGCCUACUACACAAACAACAACGAGUGUUCGAUACACGGUCUCUCUGCAUGCAAUAUAGUGACACCGGACACUGUUACAGAAGACGGAAAGCACAGUUUCAACACCACUGAGAUGUCUUCCCUCAAAAACAACUGCUCUACAUGUACAAGUUGUACGUAUCGUGCACCCCGACGAAAUAAACAUCCUGCUUUCUCUGUUGUGAGAUAUGAAUGCUGUGAAGAAUCCACAACUAGUUGUACUUCAACACCAGCAAUGGAAGGAAGAACGCAAACACCAGCAGUUGUGGGUGGAGUUGUGACCACAAUCCUGGUUCUUAUUGUUAUCCCACUAACCUUGGUGUGGUAUUUACGAAAACGGAGACGCAAGACUGAUCAAAGUGAGAAGACAAUAACUCCGUCCAAGGAUGUAAAGACUGAUUUCACAUAUAGCUCGGCCGGUAAUAGUCCACAGAGCAACUACCAUGAGAUAGACGAACUGAAGACAAACAGCAGAUCAAAUGAUUAUGAUUAUGCUACUGAGGACGGUAUAGCUAUUGCGCCUAAUAAGAACAACUAUUCCACAAUCGAACCAGUCACUAAACCAAACACAAACCAGAAUGCUGCACCUUCUGCCACGGAAGACGAUUAUGAUCAUAUCGGAGACAAACCAUCUGCCCAGACCAACGACUAUUAUACCACAGCCUCGGUUGCCCAAUCAGCAGGCACUGGGGAACAUCCACGAGAAGAUGACUACGGCUAUAAUCUUCUCCAGAAGGAAACAAACACCAAAACAGUCCAGAAUGACUACGACACUACCGCUUCUGCGGCAAAGGCAGUAGCACGGCUCCACGGGAGUAACAAGACUGAUGAAAAUGACUAUGACCAUUUCCCUGGAUCAAACAGCAAAUCUGAAACGCUGAGUUCAUCUCAUGGAGGAAAAGUUAGACAUCGUUCUGAUGAUUAUGCCUUUGCAGGACCAAUGUCGUGAUCAAAUUAGCAUAACAGUUAUAUUUGAGACAUAUCAGCUAUUGACUUCAUGUAUUAUUAAUUGAAAAACCAACCUUGCACCCAAUUCAAAAGCAUUUUGAAUCAU